AUGCUCACAGAGACUUGCCCUCAGAACUGGACUCCUUAUGGUACCCGCUGUUUCAAGUUUGUCUCCACAGCAAGAUCUUGGUCCAAAUCUGAGAGUCACUGUGUGGCGAUGGGAGGGAACCUGGCUUCGGUGCACAGCAUAGCUGAGUACCAUUUCAUCCAGGAACUGCUCCGCAAACGCACUCAAGGCACUCCUGGUACUUGGAUCGGAGGAAAUGAUGCUGCUCAGGAGGGUCUGUGGAUUUGGAGUGAUGGGUCCAAGUUUAACUACACUAAAUGGUAUCGUGGUGAGCCAAAUAAUUAUGAUGGAAAAGAGCAUUGUAUCGUUAUGAAUUGGGCAGGUGUGUUCAAGAAGACCACGAAAUGA